GGGCAACUUAACUCAGGGAUGAAGCACCUCGGCCGUGAAGUGAGUGUUCAGUCUUCAAAACAGCUGUGGAUUCAAUGUGUCCUUUGAUGCCAUUAAUCUUGGGACGAAGAGGAGUUUUACAGAGGUUGCAGGAAGAAACCUUGCAUUAGGAAAUCUCUAGUUAGGCUCCACCUAUGCAAGCCUGUGGUUGAGCUGAAAUACUACGUGUGUUGAAGACUUGGACUGUGCUCUGAGGGCAGAUCGUAAACUCAGCAGAUCACUGGAAUAGCGAUGAUACCAAAGCUGGAAUUAGUACUAUGGGAAGUUUAGUUAUCCCUCUCUUGCUGUCUCGCUUCGCACUCUUUUUUUUAAACCAUGACUAAUAUCCGUGAUGAAAGGUCAACCAGGUUGUCAUGACAACCCCCACCUCUUUUGAGGGGGAUCACUCAGCUCCUAAAUUCUUUGUUUCUUCUGACGAGGAUGAAAUUGACGAUCUGGAAUCAAACAUGAAGGCAGAAGACCUUGACCUUUACGAUGAUGAAAAUGAUUCUGACUUGCCUCCUGAGCGACAAAUCCUGGUGGGGAUUUGUGCAAUGGCGAAGAAAUCAAAAUCAAAACCAAUGACGCAGAUCCUAGAACGUCUGUGUAAAUUUGAGUACAUCAGUGUAGUGAUAUUUAAUGAGGACGUCAUUCUGAAUGAAGCAGUGGAGAACUGGCCAGUGUGUGACUGUUUGAUCUCUUUCCAUUCCAAAGGUUUUCCACUGGAUAAGGCAGUGGCUUACGCAAAACUCAGGAAUCCAGUUCUCAUUAAUGACUUGAAUAUGCAGUAUUAUAUACAAGACAGGAGAGAAGUCUAUCGAAUUUUGCAGGAAGAGGGAAUAGACCUUCCUCGUUACGCAGUGUUAAAUCGUGACCCAGACCGACCUGAUGAGUGUAGUCUGGUGGAAGGUGACGAUCAUGUAGAAGUGAAUGGAGAAAUCUUCCAGAAGCCCUUUGUUGAGAAACCUGUGAGUGCAGAAGACCAUAAUGUGUACAUUUACUACCCUGUGUCGGCAGGUGGAGGGAGCCAGAGGCUCUUCCGUAAGAUUGGGAGUCGGAGCAGCGUGUACUCUCCUGAAAGUACAGUGCGUAAGACUGGUUCGUACAUCUAUGAAGAAUUCAUGCCAACAGAUGGAACAGAUGUAAAGGUGUACACAGUUGGUCCUGACUACGCUCAUGCUGAGGCUCGCAAAUCACCAGCUCUGGAUGGGAAAGUGGAACGGGAUAGUGAAGGAAAAGAGAUUCGUUACCCUGUGAUGUUAACUGCCAUGGAAAAGCUGGUUGCCAGGAAAGUCUGUGUAGCUUUUAAGCAAACAGUCUGUGGUUUUGACCUGCUGCGGGCAAAUGGGCAUUCCUAUGUUUGCGAUGUCAAUGGAUUCAGCUUUGUGAAAAAUUCUAUGAAAUACUAUGACGACUGUGCAAAAAUCCUUGGUAAUAUAAUUAUGCGGGAGCUCGCCCCACAACUGCAGAUACCAUGGUCCAUACCCACAGAAGCUGAAGAUAUUCCCAUUGUCCCAACUACCUCGGGCACCAUGAUGGAGCUGCGCUGUGUAAUAGCAAUCAUUCGCCAUGGUGACCGAACUCCCAAACAGAAGAUGAAGAUGGAAGUCAUGCAUCCAAAGUUUUUUGACUUGUUUGAGAAAUACGAUGGAUACAAGACAGGAAAGCUGAAACUCAAGAAACCAAAACAGCUUCAGGAAGUUCUAGAUAUUAGUCGUGAGCUUUUAGCUGAACUGGGGCAGCACAAUGACUGUGAAAUUGAAGAGAAGAAAUCCAAGCUGGAACAGCUGAAGACUGUGCUGGAAAUGUAUGGUCAUUUCUCUGGAAUAAAUAGAAAAGUACAAAUGACCUAUUUGCCACAUGGACAACCUAAGACUUCCAGUGAAGAAGAAGAUUCAAGGAGGGAGGAUCCAUCCUUGCUUCUGGUGCUGAAAUGGGGAGGAGAGCUGACGCCGGCAGGGAGGGUACAAGCUGAAGAGCUUGGAAGAGCAUUCAGGUGCAUGUACCCUGGAGGGCAAGAUGAUAGCAGCACAGGUUUGAGCUGUGAUUCUCCUAUUGACUGUGGGGAUUAUGCUGGCUUUCCUGGAUGCGGUCUGCUUCGUUUGCAUAGCACCUACAGACACGACCUGAAGAUCUACGCCUCCGACGAAGGCAGAGUGCAGAUGACCGCAGCGGCUUUUGCCAAAGGACUCCUGGCACUGGAAGGAGAGUUGACUCCAAUUCUGGUGCAGAUGGUGAAAAGUGCCAACAUGAAUGGUCUUCUGGACAGUAACAGCAACUCGCUCAGUAGCUGUCAACACCGUGUCAAAGCACGGCUUCAUGAGAUCAUGCAGAAGGAUCAGGUGUUCACGGAGGAGGACUACAAAAAGCUGGCUCCCACAGGCAGUGCUUCUCUUAUUAAUUCCAUGAAGUUAAUUCAAAACCCUGUUACCACUUGUGAUCGAGUUUAUUCCUUGGUUCAGAGUCUGACCUCACAGAUUAAGAAGAGAUUAGAAGACCCCAAAUCAGCAGACCUUCAGCUGUAUCACAGUGAGACCCUAGAGCUAAUGCUGCAACGCUGGUUAAAACUGGAGAAAGAUUUCAGGAUGAAGAGCGGCCGCUAUGACAUCAGUAAAAUCCCAGAUAUCUACGAUUGCAUCAAAUAUGAUGUGCAGCACAACAGCGCCUUGAAACUUGAGGAUACCUUGGAACUCUUCAAGCUCUCUAAGGCUCUUGCUGAUAUCAUUAUCCCUCAGGAAUAUGGCAUCAAUAAGGAAGAGAAGUUGGAUAUUGCCUAUGGAUACUGCCUUCCACUGAUCAAGAAGAUGCAGCUGGAUUUACAAAGGACACAUGAAGAUGAAUCUGUCAACAAACUGCACCCACUCUAUUCUAGAGGGGUGAUGUCUCCCGGACGCCAUGUUCGAACACGGUUGUACUUUACGAGUGAGAGCCAUGUUCAUUCUUUGCUGAGCUUAUUUCGUUACGGGGGUCUCUUGGGAGAGCUGAAAGAUCAGCAGUGGAAGAGAGCCAUGGACUAUCUUGGGGCAGUCUCGGAACUGAACUACAUGACUCAGAUUGUUAUCAUGCUGUAUGAGGAUAACAAUAAGGACCCUUCUUCUGAAGAGCGAUUUCACGUGGAGCUUCACUUCAGUCCAGGGGCUAAAGGUUGUGACGAAGAUGAAAAUGCCCCUACAGGAUCUGGCUUUCGUCCUGCGUCAGCUGAGAACGAAGGUGGCUCCAAAACCGAUCAGGGCAGCAUGGAGGAUCUUUCAGAGAAUCGAGGGAACGAUGAUGUGGAUGGAUUUCUCCCAGCCUUGCCUCAGCCAGCUGAGCCCUUUCACAGUCACAGGAAGUCUGCCCUGACCAAGGCCCGGAAAAUGGGCUCCAUGGAGGUACUGUCGGAAAGUUCCCCCAAGUACACUGGAUACCGGCUUUUGGUUCCCCCGUAUUCCAGGCAGAUGUCUGAUGUGAAACAGAGCGGACUAGGUUCCCAAUGUGCUGGUUUGUUCAGUACCACAGUACUUGGUGGCUCCUCUAGUGCCCCUAACCUCCAAGACUACGCUCGCUCGCACCGCAGAAAAAGUGGUUCCAGUUACUUUUCUCUGAAGGAUGAAAUGUUAUCUAUGCCAGCCGUUAAAAGAUUUUCUGUCUCGUUUGCAAAGCAUCCGACUAAUGAUGUGUUGGAUAAUCGUUGCGUGGCACAGUUGCUGAGGCGAUUUUCAGCAGACAACAGUUUCGCCCAGAACCUGGCCCUUGAUGGUGCCUUGGCCCGGCACCUCCAGCAGUGCUCCUACCACAUCCGACUCUUCAAGAACUGGCUGAUCUCGGGGCAGGAUGAUAUCGACUCCCUCUACGGUUUUGAAGGAUGCUCUAUGGUUCCUUCCAUUUACCCUCUUGAAACGCUCCAUAACUCCCUCUCCCUGAAGCAAGUGAAUGAAUUCCUUUCGUCUAUCUCUGAAAUUUGCAGAAAAUCUCAUGACAGAGCAUCAAAAGAACUUUCAGCAAUGUUUGAGACCAUGGGAAGUAACCAGGCUGCAGUGGAUGCAUACAUACCACAACAGGUCCUGCCCUCCUCAGUUGCCUCCCUAUCAAUACGUCCUCGCUCAGAGAAACCUCCGUGGUAUAGCAGCGGUCCUUCGAGCACUGUGUCGAGUGCUGGCCCGUCCUCGCCCAAUACCUCGGACAACUCGCCCCGCUUCAGUUUCAGUGAGAAGUCGUCACUCACGCCACAGAGCAGCGAAGAGCAGCAGCAGUCUGCCCACCCACCAACUCCAAGCCAACACACCGGGCACAAUCACAAGGAUCUCCAGCUGAGCAGCCAGGCACAGCAAGUUGCUCAAAGUCAACAGCCAUACCAGAAUCACAGCGGCUCGCAGGCAUCGGCGAGUGUGACGGGGCAGGGACAGCAGGCAGUCGAAGGUUUGGUGGAGACCUAACUAUCAAAACAGUGGUUCACACCACAAGCUGUGAGGCCCACUCCUGAACUUCUGUUACUAAAUAGACUGAUGCUGUACAAUUUAUACAUCCAGGGCAUGAGCCUGGGGUCAGUCCAGUAAGUUAUUGCAGCACUGUAAUAGUUAGACACCCCAUGCUCCGACUGGUGGUCUGGCAUCACCUCGCACCAUUGAACUCCCACGUGAUUGGUUAAGUUGGGUAUCAGUACCCCCCAUGUGAUGGAUGGUGUAUUUGUAUGCAUCUCGCUCCUAUAACCACGUACAGAAAACCAGCUAUUUCUUUGUCCAUGCAGUUUGUAAAUUUUAGAAGGUUAUUUAAUGAUGGUCUUUUGUAAAUACAGAAAUAUAAUUCUCUUGGACAUGGCUGAGUUUUCAGAUUCCAAUCUUUUCUUCUGCCCUAUAUCUUCACAACACUAUAAUUGAUCCCAGUGAAGCAGAGAGGGAAUAUGAUCUUUAACUAGUAUUGGUGUUCCUAUUCAGAUGAGAUGUAAAGGAAAUCAGUGGCCCUGUGUCUUCGAUGUCCUGGGAACUGUUGACCAGAGUGAUUCCAAGUUUGGUCUUGCCCCUGCUAGAUUGAAUAAUCUUGGCCAGGCAGCAGUUGGGUGAACUCACAUAUAGGAUGGAGCAUCACUGGUGAAGCAACAUUUAUUGCCCAUGAGACAAUGGUAAUGAGCUCCCUUUUGGAAUUGCUGUCGUCUAUUUAAUAAAGGUGCUCCUGCAUUGCUGUUGGGUAGGGUGUUCCUGGAUUUGGACCCAGCAACAGUGAGGGAAUGAUGUUACGUUUCUAUGUCAAGAUGAUACGAUCAGGAGGCGUCCUUUCAGGAGUUGGUGCUCCCAAGAGCCUGUUACUCCUAUCCUUGGUUGUAGAGGUUCAGCUUCAGGGGCCCUAGGCUGGGGAAGCAGGAUAUUAAGCCAAAGAUUCCUGGCCUUGAAUGCUGAAAAUGGUACAUUUAUUAUAGGUAAAGAUCAGAUUAAGCUUUGAUAGCUUCCAAGUUUGAAUAAUCUGCUUUCUCCAAGACUGGCCACUCGGAAGUCUCCAGGAAAGAAAAGAAAAGUUGUGUUGGAAGACAAACAUGUCCACUGCCAUGUACUCCAGCUAACUACUUUUUAAAAAAAAAUAAAGUCCAAAGUUAACUUGGAUUUUUGUGAAAACUGAUAUCAGUGUUGCUGCUGAAGAAAUUGCAUGAGGCAGUGACUUCACUGUUCCAAAAGUAGAGCUGCAUCUCAGAAAACACACAACUCACAUUAAGAUAUGGAUACCAACUUUAAAUAUUUUUAAGUAAAUUGACUUCUUAUUUAUUUCGAAGGGAGAUGUCCAUGUUUAUAAGUGCGUCAUCUGUCAGCUUAUGAGUUUCAGCUUUGGCUCAGCUGGUAGCAUUUUUCCUUCUGCAUCUGAAGGUUGUGGGUUCAAAUCCCACUUGAGGUUUGAGCAUAAAAGCUUAAGGCAGGCACUCCCAAUGCAGGUCUGAAGGAGUGCUGCACUGUCAGAGGUGAAUUUGGAUAAAACAUCAGACUUGAACUUCCUGCUCUCUGAGGGACAUAAAGGGUCUAUGAAGCUCUUUUAGUACAGCCAGGAAAUUCAGCCUGGUGUCCUUGGGCUGCAAACAUCAGUAAAAUAUUAUCUGGUUAUUAUCAUCUUGAUGUCCACAGCCUUAGAAUGCAUUUUAUUUUUGGAGAGAAAAAGUGGCCUGGGUUGCAUUUCCUGAUUUGUGUGUUCAUCAAGACUGGAUGGGUGUUUAUCCCAAUUAAAUUUUUCUACCAAAGCUCCCUAGAUUCCAAAGUUAAGAACAGGAGAGGCAACAAUGGGCAACGGUUCCCAUGGAUCCGUGAUCCCAGCAUGAGUCAAUACUUGCACAAACAAUGCUGUGUGUUAUCUAGCAGUGUAAUUAUAACCUGUUAGGACUGUAUUAUAACAAUAGAACCCAGCAUUAGCAGCUUUGUAUGAGAAACAAUCACUCCAGGACAUGGAUAUCACAGUGUGAUAACUUGGGAUUGAUUGGUUUGAAGAUUUUUGUGUUCUUUUGACUAGACUAUUCUACAUUUUUUAAACUUUAGUGAUGGUUGUGCCAGGAAAUGAAUAACUAACGUUGUUUUAGGAUGAUAUGAUGCAUCUACUGAGUGGGCUGUACGUUGAAAGUCUUCUGGGGGUACAGAAUUGAUCCGUAGACCCUGUCCUCUCACUGAGACAUGCACCAGGGGUCUUCAUGUAGUUGUGGGUGACAGGAAAUUUGCAUGUGUUUUAAUAUUGUGCAACCAGUCUUGCAAUACACCGUUUUGUAUUGUACAAUACACCAGCUGCUGCUACCAGCCCAUGAUCUUGUGUUACGUGGCUCCAGGCACAGGCCCACACUGGAGGUUGUAUUGCUGGGAGUGUUUCACAUUUGAACAGUAAGAAGUGGGAGUAAGAGUAUACCCUAUGGGCUUCGAAACCUGUUCCACCAUUCAAUUAGGUUAUGGCUGAUCUUUUGUCUCAAGGCCCUUUCCUGCCCAAUCAUCAUAUUUCCAGAUCCCCUAAGAUCCCUGGAUCUCAACUUUGAAUAUACUCUGAGCAUCCAAAGCCCUCUCAAGAAGUGAAUCCCAAAGGUUUACAGUGGCCCAAGCAAAGAUUUCUCCUCAUCUCAGUCCUGAAUGGAGCACUCCUUACCCUGAGACAAUGCCUCCUAGUUCUGGACUCCUCAGGCUCUUAACAUCUACUCAAUGAAUUACAGUUCAAGUGGAUGCAGGACAGAACCUUCCAAUGCUCCCCGUUCUUCACUGUAUCACCAUGAAGUAGAUCAGUGGAUUUUAUUUUUGCUAAAAUCCUCACAGCUAUAUGUUCUCACCCAGAAGAGCCUAACACUGUCAGCUCUUCAGUCUCUGUGUUCUGCUUUUAAGAGCCCAGGCUGAGUUUAUGUCAUAACCACAUAGGAAAAAAUUGCUGUUUGUUGAUAUUCUUAAAGGACAGAUUUUUUUGUGAGAUUUUUAAAAGAAAAAGUGUCAUCUUGUAUCUUGGUACAUUUCAUACAAAUUUGGAUUGGGUCUUGAAGAGGUUGAGGAAGGAAGAAGUUGCACAUUACACUCCUAGGCUAGUGUGAACUUUCCUCUAUUAUUGCUAUAAAUAGCAAUUUGUACCAAGAAGAGCAUGUUUGAUUGUGAUUUGCCCCUCCCUUGUUAUGACCCUGGGAUGCACACUGUCUAGGUUCAACAUGGGCUUGGAGUUGCUGGCUCCUUAACAAGGGAAAUGGGGUUUAGUUUUGAAUAACAGUCUAGUUUAACAUUGCCUACCACAAAAGUGGUAAUUCAAAUGCAACUUGAAUGGGAGUGUAACAUUUUAUUGCUUGGCAGUGUGUAAGUGUGGUCACUGGGCAGAACCACUUCUGUUCUUUCACUGACACACUUCGUUGUUCCAGGUGGUGUGCUGAGCUGGUGGAAACUUUAGGCUUGCUAGCAAAAUAAUCGGAUAGGUAGCUGCUACAGGAGCAGGGAGCUGAACUCUGGUUCUGUGUAAGUUCACAUUGGGGGAUCUCAUGGUUAGAGUGUGAGAUGUGCAGAUGCUUCCUGCAGCUUAAUUAGUGCACUUUUUUAAUUUAUUUUCAGUGAAUCUAGAAGUUUAGCAAUAAAUUUGUUUAAUCUUUUAAGUUUCAGUUGAUUACAGAAAAAGGUACAGAGGGUGAAGACCCUUCUACUGUAACUAGAGGAGGGGAAGGGAGGUUGGUUAAAAUUUGACAUGAGACUUGCUGCCGAUACAGUGUGGAAGCAUGGACUAGGGAGUGAGUAUCACAAGGCAUGAAUGCUGGGAAGAGAUCUGCUAUCCUCAAAAGCGCAGAUGUCAGGCAGCAUUAUGGCUAAAUGUUGUAACCCUAAUUCUGAUUCAUGCACUCACCUAAUAGGCAACGCGCUAUGUGCGAUGAAUUCAGUGGGAGGAGGUUGAGUGACUGGUUCCCUGCUCUGAAAACCACUUUUAUCAAACAAACUCCCAAGUUCUGCUGUAAUCUGUUUGUUGCAUCACCUUUUCAAAGGACUUUUAACAGUUCCCACAAGCAAUACCAGCUGGUGCCUUUUAAUAGAUUAAAAGGUGAUAUCAAAAAAGCUUUACUCUGCUUUAAAAUGACUCAGUAGCACUGGCUAUGAUAUUGAUGAAAGGAACUGGGGAACAGUUUUACAUUUGAACCUGUAGUAUAGGAUUGUGCAAACUUUUAAACUUCAAUUUUUUUGUGGCAAAACAAAUCUCAAAUAGAAGUGAAUGCUAUAAGAUGAGUGUAAUAGGCAUGAGGUACUCAAUGUGAUGUUAUUUUGUUUUGUAAACCAUAAGAGGUUGACUGUACUAAAGGGGGAUUCUUGGCACAUCAUGUCAAUACUGGGUCAUUGCUUGAACAGUAGGGAUCUGGUCGUACUUUGCCAUUCUUUCCCAUGUAUCCUUGGGCUCACAUCACCCUAAGCUCUGGAAUUCCUGCUUUAAACCCCUCCUUCCUCAAACGGCUCUUAUAACCUGGCUCUUAAAUCAAACCCUUGGUCCCUUGUCCAACUAUCUCAUUAUAUUAAAUUUUCAUUAAACACUCUGGGAUGUUUCACUGUAUUAAGGUGCUGUAUAAGUUGUUGUUCCUUGAGAUAAACAUUUCUCCCUCAACUAUUUCCAUGGUUCAUAGCUGUCUGCACAAAGACAUAUUUUUCCCAGCCCUUCAUCACUUCCUUCCCUUUUUAAUUGAAAUCUUGUUUGACAAAUCAUAUUUUAAAAUCCUGGCCCUUUAGAUUAUCCUUCAGCUGUUAGUGGUAGUGUUACCAAAUAAAUCUAACCAGUCAUGGUGCCAGCAAAGCUAGAUUUCAGAUGAGAUUCUAGCACAAAUCUCUGCGUUGCACUGCUUUGUUACCUUCUCUGGAGUUGAGCUACAACUGGUAUGUCUGCAGGGUGAAUUAGUGAGGGCUUUUAAUGUGACCAAUUUGCCAUUCUGAUCGAAAUUGUGGAAAAGUAGCAGCUAUGAAAAUGGAUUCUCAUUGCAUCAAGCCCUUGUUAAGGGGUUUGCUUAAAUGGUUCAUAGUAUUCUGUGUAUGGUCUGUUAAAAUUAUUUAUUAAUGAAGUAUCUUUGAAGGGGCUCUGCCAAAUAAAGCUGGGAGACACUGGUUGAAGUAUGGUUUUCACUCAUGAAGAAUCCAUAUAGAAAUGCCCACCAAAACUAAACACAGUACUGUAGCAACGCACAAAAAGCUGGAGGAACUCAGCAGGUCGGGCAGCAUCUAUGGAGGGAAAUGGACAGUUACGGAUCGAGACCCUUCAUCUGCGCAUGCUGCCUGACCUGAGUUCCUCCAGCUUUGUGCGUGUGUCGCUCCAGAUUCCAGCAUCUGCAGUCUCUUGUCUUCACAAAGUACUGCAAGUUCUGGAAAUCUGAGCUAAAGGUAAAGCCAUUUUAAAAACAAAAUGCUUGCAAUCCCUGAAAAUGAAGAAUCAUUAAGCUAAAAAUAACUUACUGCCUUUUUUCGUGAUUGAAUUCAAUCCCACUUAAAGGAUUUUGGACCAGAUAUUAUCUCCCUCCCUUCUGUUUCCCAUGGGGGUAUCCAGUCCCCAGAGUCCAUUCACCCUGAUUGCUUCACUGGUAUCUCUCUUUAUGUGAACUGCUUCAUAUGAUCUUUGUUUCUCUCGUGUUUGUUUUUGAUCUGGUACUUAAUCCCUGCCCAUCAGAUUGGUGUUUGUUACCUCGCUGUUCAGCCUGCAAUAGUGCAAGUUAGAAAUAAGUUUCCUUAAGCCAAUUUGACACACUCUCCAGGUGAUUUAAUAGUGAGUCAGUGAGUUACAUUUAUCACAUGAUGUUUGUACAGAAAUUGCACUGUUUUAUCACUUCUCUACUUACAUAAUUUCUUUGCACUUUCUGUAUAUUUUCAAAGGAAAAUGUCAGAACAAUAUAUUUUGUUUUGAUAGAUUGACCACUGUGCAUUAUUUAUAUUGCUGAAUCGAAGUUUUCAGCGUGGUUUUGAAACUGGGUGUCGGAACGAGGAAAUGCAUCACAAAAUGAUGAGCAGUAAAGCUUGCUCGGGUGUCAGUAGGCAUUAGGGUUUCUGUGGGUUGAAUCUGCAUCUCCUCUGUAUCUGAACAAGGGUUAUUGGAAGUGAGCCUCCUUAGGAUGCUUAAAUGAGAUAUUAGUGGCAUGUUGGAGAUCUCUUUGGCAAUUGUAUUUGGCAGCGGAAGAUUAGCAGACCAAUCAGAGCAGCAGGGAGCAAGGGGAUUGCCCUAUUGUAGGUUAAACAAAUUUCUGUAUUCUGCCAGAAUCCCUUCCUUGUAAUUUUCAACUUUGCAGUUUUUUUCUAUGAAUUAUUUAGAUAAUUUUAUAAAUCCUGAACUUUAUUUGUGAGGUGGGGAGUUUGUCAUUCAGGUUAAUUUUGUGGAAAGAAUUGCAAACAUCUCACUUUGAUCCUUCAUGUUCCAUAGUAGACUUGGAACAAGUCAUCCCUCCCUGGGUCGGAAUGGUGCGUUAGAGGGCAGACAGUUCAUUCAAUGAUUUUUACUCCAUUAGUUAUCCCAUGUGCUGGCCUGACCUUAUUGGGGAAAUCCCCACCACGCUAAUCUUUUAGUCACACACUUGGGUGUUUUGUGCAGCAGAAAAGUGUAACCAAAAACCUCACAGGGUGACACAUGGUUCUUUAUUGAUGUCAGAGAGUAAAGUGAUUUUUGUUUUAAAAGACAGUUUAUUUCUUUGUGAUGUUGGGGAAGGGAGAUGGGAAUGCAUGGGAAGGAUUGUAAUAUUCGUGGAAUCAUGAUAACUUAUUGAAAUAUUUUCCAUUGUGGUUUACAAAUUAUUUCAUUAAUAAAGCUU